AGCGGAGGGCUGUGGCCGCCGGGGGGACCAUGCUGGUGCGGCAGCGACUGCUGUCCUUGCGCUGCCCGCCAGCGGCUGAGAAGGGUUGAACCGCAAGAGAGUCGGCGCUCUUGGCUCGCCCCCCUUCGCGACCGCUCCGAGAGCCUGGAGCGGCUGCUGCUGCUUGUCCGGCGCCUCUCCGGCUGACUCCACGCUUCCCGGGGGACCAUGAAGGGCUCCCCCUUUAGCAACCUUACCAAGAGCCUACGCAGCUGCGGUCAGGCAUGCCCGAUUCGGGGCUGAAGACAUCCAUUCAGCGAUCCUUCCCUCUUUGGAGGUAGGUAGGUGGUUGGAAGGAAGCUCCUAGAAACCUGGGGUGAAAGCAGACUUCAGCACCAUUUUAAAGCUGAGGAGGUAUUCACAUUUUGCACAGAUAAAUGUAGUAGUAGCUGUAACAAGGACAUGAGAAACUGAGUGGCAACGCAAAACCUCACUACUUUGGACUUUUUACGGUUCAUUAUGGAGACCAAGGAAGACAAAAAAGAGCGGAGAGGCUAUUUUUACCGUCUGAGAAAGAAGAGAGCAGCAAAACAAAAUGCAGACACAGCAUCUGGUAAUGCUUGUGGAACCCCUGUAUGCAGAAUUCAGACUGGGAAAGAUGACAGAAGCAAAGUCCCCUCAGCACAAACCAAUGGUUUGCAAGAAAAUGGCAACAUUUCUGUGGAAAAGGAAGACUAUGUCACUGAUGGAGAAAGAAAAAAGAAAAAGAGCAGUCAGCCAAAGGAUAUUAGGCGAGCAGAUCUCAAGAGAUAUUAUAGCAUUGAUAACAAUCAAACCAAAACCAGUGAGAAGAAAGAAAAGAAAAUGGUUUCUCAGAAACCCCAUGGUACAAUAGAAUACACGGCUGGAAACCAAGACACCAUAAACAGCAUUGCCCUGAAGUUUAAUAUUACUCCAAAUAAACUUGUGGAACUCAAUAAACUUUUCACACAUACUAUUGUUCCAGGCCAGGUUCUGUAUGUGCCAAAUACUGAUCCUGUUUCCACUGCUGGAAAGCUAGCUUCUUCAAGUCCUGGUGCUCCUGUUUCACCAUCAUCAUCGGAUGCAGAGUAUGAUAAACUUUUGGAUGCUGAUGUGGCAAGGAGGGCUUGCAGACCGAUCCAAAGAGUCCUGUCUUCCACAUCUGAGGAGGAUGAGCCAACUGUUGUCAAAUUUUUAAAAAUGAAUUGUCGAUAUUUCACAGAUGGCAAGGGUGUGGUUGGAGGGGUCAUGUUAGUCACUCCAAACAACAUCAUGUUUGAUCCUCACAAGUCGGACCCUCUGGUCAUUGAGAAUGGCUGUGAAGAAUAUGGACUCCUUUGUCCGAUGGAGGAGAUUAUUUCAAUUGCUUUGUACAAUGACAUCUCGCACAUGGAGAUUAAAGAUGCUCUGCCAUCCGACAUACCAAAGGAUCUUUGUCCUCUGUACAGGCCUGGUGAAUGGGAAGAUCUUUCCUCUGAGAAGGAUAUCAAUCCUUUCAGCAAAUUUAAAGCCUUGAACAAGGAGAAGAGGCAACCAAAAGUAAACAACUUGGUCACCUUGAAUUCUAAACGGAUAAAGCCUCCAGACAAGGAGAAUCCUAUAGAUUUCGAACUUCUUAAACCUUUUGAAAAGUCUUCCUUAAUGUCACUAGAACCAUCCAAGGACUCCAUCACUGCUGAUCUUUCAAAAGGGGUGCCUUUAGAGAAGUUCACUAAAGAAUGUUCUGGACAUGAGAUUACACUGGAUCUAGCCAAAGAUAAUUACCUUUUGGAUGAAAAUGGUUUUGUUGAACUUGAAGAACCUGAUUCAUCUUGGACUGAUGGCAGAGGAGACAUUAGAGAUGUAGGACCGAUAAAGGUCACUGAUGGUAAACUGACUGAGGAAAUUCAGCCACGAGCAACAAAUAAAGGCAACUGUGAACAAUCAGAAUUAGAUUUAUCAGAGACAAAACAUGAGGUUAUCCCUAAAGAGGUCAUUGAUUUAGAGUCCUGUGAAAAGCUAGAUGUAGUACCUGAAAUAAACAAAGGCAGCAGUUCACCAACAAGUAAUGUAGAAACUACUCUGGAUGCAAAGCAGGAGUUGAAUAAAGACAAGCUUAUUGAAUUUUACCUGAAUAAAGAUGAGUCAAAACCUCCGGAUGAUUCAUGUAAGGCUAAACUCAGAGAAGAGCAGAAUAACAAACAGUUAGGUAUAGACCUCAUGCUUAGUUCAUCUCAUUCCCAAACCAAUGAAGAUUUUACAAGCAAAAAGGUAGAACCUGAUUCAUAUUCUGUUGAAAGGACCGAGCCAUUGCUAAAAGUUGGCUCAGCAGUGCCUGAAAAAAAGGAGCAUGAAGGAUCGAGAUCAUCUUCAUUGGCAUCUCAUCUAGACAGAAAGGACUGUCGAGAAAUUGAUCUGGAUAAUAAAUCUGAAAUCAGGCUGUGGCUGCUGCAGAGAAUCCAAGUGCCAAUUGAAGAUAUGCUUCCUUCAAAAGAGGAAAAAAGCAAGACCCCUCCAAUGUUUUUGUGUAUCAAAGUGGGCAAACCUAUGAGGAAGUCAUUUGCUUCUCAAAGCACCACCAUGGCCCAGCAAUAUGGUAAAAGAAGGAAGCAACCAGAGUACUGGUUUGCUGUUCCACGAGAGCGGGUAGACCAUCUGUAUACAUUUUUUGUACAGUGGUCACCAGAAGUGUAUGGCAAAGAUGCUAAGGAACAGGGUUUUGUGGUGGUGGAAAAGGAGGAACUUGAUAUGAUAGACAACUUCUUCAGUGAGCCCUCAACAAAAAGCUGGGAGAUUAUCACUGUAGAAGAAGCAAAACGCCGGCAGAGCAUUUGCAGCUAUUGUGAAGAAGAUGGUGAAGAGGAUGAUGAUAAUGAUGAUGCAUUGCCUGUGUUGAAAAACCAGAGUGCUCUGCUAGAAAAUAUGCACAUAGAGCAGCUUGCCCGAUGCCUGCCAGCAAGGGUUCAGGGGUAUCCUUGGAGGCUUGUGUACAGCACACAGGAGCAUGGAACUAGUCUGAAAACACUUUAUCGUAAAUCGGCGUCUCUUGAUAGUCCAGUCCUUCUUGUUGUCAAAGAUAUGGACAAUCAGAUAUUUGGGGCUUACGCAACGCAUCCUUUCAAGUUUAGUGAUCACUAUUAUGGCACAGGAGAAACUUUCCUAUACACGUUUAACCCUCUUUUCAAGGUUUUCAAAUGGAGUGGAGACAACACCUAUUUUAUCAAUGGAGAUGUAACUUCAUUAGACCUUGGAGGGGGAGAUGGCAGAUUUGGUUUAUGGCUAGAUGCUGAUUUGUAUCAUGGUCGGAGCAACUGUUGUAGUACAUUCAAUAAUGACAUCUUAUCUAAAAAAGAAGACUUUGUUAUCCAGGAUGUAGAAGUGUGGACAUUUGAAUGAAGUACCUGCUGCCUUAAAAAGCCUAUGACUCUGAAAAUUGGGAUGUAGGCUGCCUCACAAUACAUUUCAUCCUCCCCUUACAAAAAAAUAGAUUACUACUACAACAAUCUUAUUCCAGUGCUGACAUUGCUCCUAUAAAGAUGCAAGAUGCUUAUAGAAGGCAUUUAUGACAUGUGCUUUUAAAGCAGUUUAAUUUCUUCUGUAUUUGUAAAAAAACAACAACUGUAUAGUACAUUCCAUGUGUAUUUUUAUUCAGAUAAGUGGAAACCAAAAAAAAAAAAAAAAAGGAACAGUUCAUUACUGAAUUCUAUGGCAUAAAGUGUUUUCCAUGUUAAAGUAGUAGUCAGUUGAACUUAUAUACCCAGCACGUAAAGGGAACUUUUUAUAUAUAUAAAUAAAUAUAUAUAUUUAUUAUUUGUAUAGUACAUUAUUCUGAAAUGCAGUAGACAUGUUGUUUUGUUUUAACAUUUCAAGUCUCAGAAAUAUUUGCUAGAAAGAUUAAUUUUGACAGAGAUCUUAAAUGGCAGUGAUGAAUAGUUUUGAUUUCCUAUUUUUAUAUUUUGCUAGUUUUUUUAAUUUUGUAAAUGAAACAUUUUUGUUGAUUUACCCUAAUUAUUUUAGGGCUGGGGACAGAAACACUGAGUGCAUAAUUCUGGAUUGAGAUAGGAAUAUUGGUCGUACUCAUCAUCAAAUAUAUAUUUGGUUGUGUUGACACAUGGAGACAGAUUCUUUUCACUGGUUAUCAAGGGCAAAAAAACCUCUUAUCAGCAGAGGUACUUCUCAGAAAUAUGUGGUCAUGGGAUGUAAAAUGAACAUGCCCCUACAUAUUACUUGAAAUGUUGAUAAAGAAAAAUGUUAUAAUACCACAACAGACUAGAGUAGCCAUUUUUUAAAAGAAUGUUAUUUUUUUUCCUGACUAGCAUUUGAACCCAGUGAUUGGCUUUCUUUAACAAUCACUUUUUUUUGGUUAUUUUUUAAAAUGACAUUUAUACUCUGUCCACACAUGAAUACUGCAUUCUUGUAAUCAUCUCUUGGAAGGAUAAAUGAUUAGAGUAAUGCAGUAUCCAAUUUUGCAUGUAUCCUACCUUGUGUGCAUUUGUUGAAGGAGAACACUGGAUCUGAAUUCACAUUAUUGAAUGCUGUAAAAAGAAUUAAGCCACAUUAAUUUAAACAAGUAUUGGUUUUGGCUACUUGCCUCUCAUAAAAAUGUUCCAGUUAUAAAAGUAAUUAAAAAGAUAAUGUUAUGAAUUCCUGAAAAAUUUAUAUUACCUUGAUAUUUUGCUUAAGAAGGAUGAGACUCAGACUCAGUCUAAAAGUACACUGUAUAUAUCACUUUGUACCCUGUAACUGUCCUAUUAAGGGUGCAGAUUGAUAAAGAUGGUGCUCUCCAGCAAGUCAUUUCCAUCAAGAAUAACAUGGCUGCCAAUUGAUAUAUACAGCUAAGCUAUAGAGUCCAUAAAAAAAAUCCAGAUUUGAUUUAGGAAUGGAUAUGUUUAUAUUGUCCAAUUCUCUCUGUGUUAUUCUAUGUGACCUGUACAACUGGGCCUAAUUUACAAAGACAGUGUUGAAAACUGUCAUUUAUCAUGUUUCCCUAUUUUUUUAUCUGCAGAAAUGAAAGAGAACACAUAGCUUUUCUUUGAAAUCAUCUCUCAGCACACAAGGUUCUUUGUAUGGAUUGGUCCCUGCAUUAGAUACAAUCUGCAAAGUUGUUUUUCACAUGAUUUUUACAUGAAUAGUGCUUCCUGUAAACAACUAUGUAUGUGAACACACACAUCUACUACUGAUUGUACAUGCUGUGAAAAAAUGCAGCAUUUGAAGCUUGCUGCAAAAUGUACAUUUUAGUAAAUAAAAAUGCAUGCAUACAUUUUAUCUGAUGGCACAUGGCAAAGUACACACAUAGUUCCCUACAAAUAAUUAGCAUCCUUGUAGACAAUUUAUCAUGUGAAAAACAGAACUAGGAUAUUUAACACGGGGCACGAUGCAUUUAUACUUUUUUUCCCCACUGAAAACUCUUGACCACUGGUGGUACUAUUCUGAGAGAAUGUCCCUGUAAUGUAUGAGUCGCUAUUAGUGUAACAUCUUGGAGACAUACCAGGAUACUCCUUAAAAGGUAAUUUGCCUGUAACAAGACUCUUGCCAACAGCAAACAAAAGGUUUUUAGAUAUUUGAUAUAUUUCACUACUGUUACCUGCAGCUUAUUCCAUUAUAUAUUUGUCAGAGUAUAUCUGAAAUGUUUGUGUUGUGUAUUCAAACAGUGUUGUCCAACCAAAAUUCAAACCUAUGGAUAUUUAAUAUGUGUAAUGCAGUGCUAUUGCAAUAUUUUCAAUAAAGGAAUUUAUGCAUUCA